UCGCCGAAACCGUCACACCAUCACACGCCUUCGCCUUCGCCUUCCUCUUCUGGCUAUAAAUUAAAAGAGAGAGAGAGGAGAGAGCUAUCGGAGAAGCCAGCCAAUCCGUCACCGGCACCGCCCCAGCGACACCAUGGAAGCCGCCGCAGCCACUUCGACCCUGACCCGCUCCGUCUCCCUCACCGCCCGCCUCCGCCGCUCCCGCACCGCCAGGUUCCCAUCCCCCCAACUGUGCGCGCUCUCUGCCGCCGCUGCAGCCUCGCCCCGCGCCCUCCCGCUCCGCCACGCCAGGUCCGACGCCGACCUCGCCUCCUUCGCAAGAUCCGCUGCCGUUCUCCGCCACUCCCCCAUCCCGGCCAUCCUCGAGGUCGACGAGGAAGAUCAGGAGAAGGCGCCAGGGGGCUUUGACCGCCUCCUCCUCAAUGGCGCCGGUAGGAACGGCGGCGGCCAAGGAGGCAGCGGUGGCGACAGAGGCGGCAGCGGCGGCCAAGACAGCGGCUGUGGCAUUGGGGAGUACUACCGGCGGGUGCUGCAGGUGGAUUCAGAGAACUCGCUGCUGCUGCGCAACUACGGCAAGUACCUGCACGAGGUGGAAGGGGACCUGACGGGCGCCGAGGGGUGCUACGCGCGCGCGCUGCUAGUGUGCCCCGGCGACGCGGACCUGCUGAGCCUCUACGGCCGCGUCAUCUGGGAAGCGCGCCAGGAGAAGGAACGCGCCGCGGCCUACUUCGAGCGCGCUGUUCAGGCCGCGCCCGAUGACUGCUACGUCCUGGGAUCGUACGCGAGCUUCCUGUGGGACGCCGAAGAGGAGGAGGAGGAGGCGGCGGCGGAUGUGCAGAAAGAGGAAACAAUUGCAAGCACGGUGGUGGUGAUGGCAUCUCCGGCGUGAUGACCUCAGCGGUGGAUCUACUUUACUGUUGGUUAGUGUACAUAGGAGGACGUUGCGGACCGGAUCUAGCUGCCUCCGGCGAGCCAUGAUGGAUCCGGCCAGUAAUAACGAAGGGGCAGGCCAAGCGGCACUGAUGCUGCUCCGUCGACGGAGACGAGCUAUCAACUAAGAAGCAGAGACGAGCUGGCGGCAGCAAAACGACUGUAUGUCCGGGAUUGUAUUGCGUCUCGUCGAUGAGCACUUCAUUUAGCUUUAAUUAUUUGUAUUGACAAUUGUACAGCGGGCACGUAAUUGAGAUAGCUAGCUAUCUUGAUGAAUAACAACGAGACUUUAUGAUGAUAAUGA